CGAUUGGCUGGCAAAUGGAAAGGCGCCCGACGACCCCUGCAGUUUGAAAGAUUUACCAACACAGUGAAAGGCUUCCAUCAAAAAAUUGCCAAGAUUACAAGUACGGUGGCCGACAUUUUUUGACAUUUGCAUUUAUGGUCGCAGGCCUCCGUGAAGUGAAAACAUCCAGAGUACUAAAUUGCCUGCCGUUUUGCAACAGUUAACCAUGAGUACAAUCAACGGAACCAUCGCCAAUGGCUCAACAAAUGUGGGGCCUGUCGCAGGGCGCGUUCAAAAUGGGAAAAGAACACCGCACAACGGGCUGCACAGAAGUGUGACGAAGAAUGACCACUCCAAAUCUUCAUACGAGCAAGUUCCUUUGCAUACUGCGUGCUUCACCUAUCUGGGAUUCUAUCUGUUGAUGAUACUGGGAUACAUAAACCAACUGUUCUUUACACCGAAAGUAGCGACGGAAAAGCAUCGGGAUGGUUAUGUACCGCUGUACGAUGCGUUCGAGAAGUUCUACCUGCGCUAUGUUUACAGGCGCGUGAAAGAUUGUUGGAACAGACCCAUUUGUAGUGUUCCAGGUUCGGAAGUCGUCCUGAAGGAUAGAAUCACGAAAGACUACGGUUGGUCCUUUGAAUUCACUGGAACCGAGACAAAGUGUCUGAACUUGGGCUCCUACAAUUAUCUUGGCUUUGCGCAAAAUGAAGGUCCUUGUGCUGAUGAUUCUGAAGAAUGUAUUCGAACGCACGGUUUAGCUGCUUGUAGUCCACGCAGGGAGUUGGGCACGAAUCCAUUGCACACCGAGCUGGAGGCGUUGACUGCGAAGUUUUUGGGCGUCGAGGACGCUAUCGUAUUUGGCAUGGGAUUUGCCACCAACUCUUUGAACAUUCCUACCUUGAUUUCGCCGGGCUGUUUAGUUGUUAGCGACGAGAAGAAUCAUGCGUCAAUCAUUCUAGGGUUGAGACUGUCCGGAGCCACGCCAAAGGUUUUUAAGCAUAAUAACAUGAAGGAUCUCGAACGCGUUUUGCGGGAUUCGAUCAUAGCAGGACAGCCGGGCAGCGGUAAACCGUGGAAAAAGAUUCUUAUCAUAGUGGAAGGUGUUUUCAGCAUGGAGGGUUCGAUCGUGAAGCUUCCGGAAAUAGUUGAAUUGAAAAAGAAGUACAAAGCCUACAUCUAUCUGGACGAAGCUCACAGCAUCGGCGCGACCGGACCGUCGGGCCGCGGCGUUUUGGACUAUUACGGUGUCAACCCGCACGAUAUAGACAUUCUAAUGGGAACGUUCACAAAAAGCUUCGGUUCGGCUGGAGGUUACAUUGCGGGAAAUAAGAAACUUAUCAAUUUUCUGCGAGUGCAUAGCCACGCUCAUUGCUACGCCAGUUCCAUGUCCCCGCCAGUGACUCAACAAAUUUUAACGUCUAUGAAGAUCAUUCUUGGAAUGGAUGGGUCGUCCGAAGGCAAGAACCGUAUUUCACAGUUGGCAAGGAAUACGCGCUACUUUAGGAAGCGGCUGGCUCAGAUCGGAGUCAUUACCUACGGGCACGAAGAUUCCCCAGUUGUUCCUAUGCUCGUGUACCUGUUUUCCAAGAUUGGGGCCGUUGUGAGAACGUUAACCGCUAAGAAUAUUGCCGUUGUUGGCGUCGGGUUUCCAGCUACGCCCAUCAUGGAAGGGCGCAUUCGUUUUUGCCUGUCGGCUGCACACACAAAGGAACAGUUAGAUUACGCUCUUUCGGUUAUCGAUGAUAUAAGCGAUACGCUGGGCUUAAAGUAUUCCCGCAAACCUAAAAAUCUAAAUCCUAUCGAGUAUUAGCACGCAUCAUUACAAUAACGUUUGCCCCCCUUACGCAGUAGGAAGAAGGACAUACAAUGGCUUUAUGUUGCAUUUCCCCUGGCCUGUUUGAUUCACAUUUGCUUGAAUAAACACAUUACUACAGACAA